UUUGUGAUUCACUUGUUUCUUGCUCUCUCCCAGCAACCCCCCUCACUGCUCGCUCGACAUGGUGCUUUCCUCUUCAGGAGGCGCCAGUCGCAUCAACAGGGCUCCAGUGACCUAUGGUCGGGCACGCAUUGGUGGUGGCGGGCCCUUCCAGAGGCCAGGCACCUCGACCACGAGCACCCUUUCCCUCGCCGAUGCGAAUGACGACUAUAGCGACUCGAGCAGCGCCUCCUCGUCCUCGAGUGAUGAGGAUGGGCCACGUCAAUCUGAGCGAAUGCUUGUGGAGAAGAAGGACAGGGUCAAGGCAACGCAAGCUCCUGCCCCGUGGAAGAAGGCACCAACAGCAGCGCCAGCUGCGGCCAAGAAGAAGCCGCUUGCUCAACGCGAAGCCAACAUCCCGCCUGCUAAGGUCAAGCCGCUGGUCAAGGCCCACCCAACUGUCGAAUUGCUUCCACGAGCUUCAUCUCCGUCAUCUUCUGCAGCAGAACCUUCCCACUCCUCCACAGCCGCAUCGUCCUCUUCCUCUUCCUCUCGCAAAGCCAGCUUGGCGGCUCAGCGCAAAGUGCAACGCAUUCUCUCCUUCGAGGAGGCAGAGCAAAAGGCUCAGUCGCAUGAUCAACGGCACCCGAAAUCAACAAGCAUAGCAGCAGAGCCGCAGGGAACCAACAUAGAGGCAGUGGCUCAGGCCCUGGAGCGCAAGCUUCACCUCUCUUCACCGGACCAAUCAGCAGACCUCAGCUUUCUGCUCUCUGUUUGCUCUCAUCACGAAAUUCUCGACUUCACUCUCGCAAUGGAGCGCAUUCUGGACGGCGAUCCCACCACACACCUGCUCGAAGCGGAGAAGGCAGGAGACGCGAGCUAUAGCAAGGUGUAUCGCCUCAAGAAGGCUGCGGGAGAUGGGGCAGCGUCGACCAUUCUCAAGGUCAUCCCCCUGCGCAGCUCCAAGAAAGACGAUGAAAGCGAGACGUCCUCGUAUGCGGACGUGGUGCGCGAAAUUGCGAUCACACGGGCGCUCUGUUCACGGCAGAAACACGAGACAUCAGCACGCAGCUCGUUCGUGGAGCUGCGUGCAGCAUACAUCGCCCGAGGUCCCUUGUCACCCGUACUGCAGAGAGUAGGCACAGAAGGAGGCGUUGUCCAAGGGAGGAGCAGAGCAGCGCGGGAAGCCGCCACAACCAACGCAUCGCCGACACUGUACGCUCUGCUCGAGCUUGACGACUGCGGUGUUGACUUGGAAUCGUGUACUCUACUCGACCAAGACGACCAUCCAUCAAACGACGCACCUGGCCCCGCCGCAUUGGGUCUCUCAGUCAUUGCACAAGUAGUCAGCGCCCUCGCUUGGGCAGAAGAGACACAUCACUUUGAGCAUCGCGACUUGCAUUGGGGCAACGUCCUUGUGCGACAUGCAGCACGCGUACAAACAGCUUCAUCCUCGUCUGGCCUUUUAUGGGAGAGCUUGAUCGAUCCGCAAGCCUCAGGCAUCGAAGCGACAAUCAUCGACUUCACGCUCUCACGCCUCGCUCCAUCAUGCGGCAAGCACGUCCACUUCUACGAUCUCUCGUCCGACCCGUCCCUCUUCGAAGGCGAUGCAGAGGUAGACGAGCAAUUUGAGGUGUAUCGCUCCAUGCGUAACGUGAUAGGUUCCGGAGCUGGAGCAUGGGAGCCUUUCGAGCCCAGGACGAAUGUGUUUUGGGCGCGGUAUCUGGUGAGGAAAGUGUUGAUCGGCAAGGGGCUCAGAGAGAGAAGAGACAAGGCUGAGGACGGUGAUGGGCGGCGUGACGAUGCGCUGGAUAUGCUGGAGAAGACGGAGCAGGUGCUCAACGAGAGUGCGGCAUAUCACCUUGGCCAGGAGCAGCGUGAGCCAAAGGUCUGCCUCAGGAGCAUGAUGCAGCUGCGCGACUGGAUGCAAGAGGUCGUCGAUGGGAGAUGUGAGCAGCGGAAGAUCCAGGGAAAGCAGCCAAAGAAGGAGCAGCAGGGACAGAGAAAAGGUGCCAAGAAUGCUAAGCCGCCACUCGCCGCUCGUACUGAUGGGUCAGCGCGGCGGCGCUCUGUCAGAAGAUCGUAAACAGCAGCUGAAGAUACCCACACCCUCUUCACGACCGUCGAAGCUCCUCACCUCUCUCGACAUCCGCAAGCAACGAAGUCUCGAGAGCUCAUGACCAGACUCUGUGUAAUGAUACCAUCUAUUCCCAUCUUGCUCUCC